AUGCAAUCGAUAGUAUUUCUUGCGGUUCUGGGAAUGACUUAUAGCCAAAAGGGAGUGUAUUUGGAUGAAAAAGUCAGGAACUUGCAGGAAUGGAUGUACAGAAGGCCACUGAUCACUUUGAAUACAGACCGGUGGAAGACGUACGUACGAAGUGCCCCGCGAAAUUACUCUAUGGUUGUGAUGUUUACGGCGCUUUCUCCAAAUGUUGAUUGUGCAGUAUGCAAAUCUGCAUAUGAUGAAUUUUAUAUACUGGCCAACUCGUAUCGUUAUGCAUAUCCGGAACUGAAAGCUCUUUACUUUGCAAUCAUUGAUUAUGGUGAAUCUCCAGAAAUCUUCCAGCAAAUGAAUCUUGAUGUUGUUCCAGUACUUUUUCAUUUCCCAUCAAAGGGUACCAAAAAAAAACUGACCAAAUGGAUUUUGAAUGGCAAGAUUCGCGUUCUUCGUCCACCAAACUAUGCAGCACCAGCGGUUGUUUUGUUAUUGGCAAUGCUUGUAUUAGGAUUAUUAUAUAUGCGCAGAAAUAAUCUCGACUUCUUGUACAAUCGUACAAGUUGGGCAUUAAUUUGUCUCUGUGUCGUAUUCGCGUUUAUGAGCGGACAGAUGUGGAAUCAUAUUCAUGGCCCUCCGUUUGUUAUGACUAGUUCGCACACUCGUGAAAUAAGUUUUAUCCAUGGUUCCACUCAGUAUCAGCUUGUGGCAGAAACAUAUUUGGUUGCGAUAUUAUAUGCUGCGAUAACGGCUGGUUUCAUUCUAAUGAAUGAUGCGGCAGACGGUAAAGGUGAUUUUGGACGACGGCGGAUUAUGGCAUUCGUUGGUCUGGGAUUGGUGGUUGUAUUCUUUAGCUUAUUGCUUUCCAUAUUUCGAAGUAAAUAUCAGGGAUAUCCAUAUAGCUUUUUAUUCCAUUAA